AUGGUGCCGCCGUCUUGCCUCAAGUCUCUCGCUUUUGCAGUUUCGUGUCCUGAGUUUGACAUCGUCUUCUCAUCAACAUCGCCGUUCACCGGCCUAGAGGAGCUGCUUAUCGAAGACUGCACUGGGCUCACGAGUCUUCCCUACCACAUUGAUGCCUUGCUGCCAUGUCUACGCAAGCUCACCAUUAACCACAACUUCGGUGACCUGCCUGCCCUCAAACUGUUGGUGCUGGAGUUUCUGACUCUCUGGGAACUCCCUCCUUCCUUCUGCCGUCUCUCGUCACCCGAGGCACUCAUUAUAGCUGGAAGAACCGGUGAGGAUUUCCAGCUGCCAGCAGGUUUUAGCGGCCUCGUAGCUCUCAAGGCUUUCUUUAUUGCCGAGUCGGAUCUUACCUUGCCAGAAGACAUAGGGGCCCUUGCAGGUCUCAAGGCUCUCAUGCUGGUCACUUACGCACAGCCCUUUCCUGCUUCUUUCACACAGCUGACUUCCUUGACGAGCCUUGACCUGAAUAGCUGGGGGCUCGAGACCGAGCUGCCGGAAGCCCUGGGGGAACUGAGCAGCCUACAGGAGCUGAAAAUUCAAGUCAGUCCAAUUCGCACUCUUCCCAUGUCAAUUUUACAACUUACCGGGCUUCAUACUUUGGUGAUCAGGGAUUGUGACGAACUUUCAGAAGUGCCCUCGAGGCUGGAUACGUUUGUGGGGCUUAAGACGCUGGAGAUACUGCGGUGUAAGAAGCUCCGUAGAUCCCCUGCAAGCCUGCCGCCCUCUCUUCAGACCCUGCGCUUGGGCGGCCUUCAAAAAGGCUCUUCCCAUGUCAUCGACAUCUCCCAGCUGUUGCAGCUGAGGGAGCUGGAGCUGAGGGGGGUGAGGAUGCGGUGCGGGCCUGCAGAGAGUGGGAGGCUGCCGUGCUUGGAGCAGCUGGAGCAGCUGGGGAUGGGUUUUACAUGCCAGGGAUGGGAGCUGCCAAUCCCCCGCAUCGUUCUCCCCCGCCUGCGCCACUUGAUGACUUGCGCAGAUGAAGGUUACAGCCUCCCGGAAAACAUGGCGGCAGCGUUGCCGCAGCUGCGGCAGCUGAAGCUUCUUCGUUGGCAUUCGGCAGAGUUGCUGGGAAGCGUAGUGGAGAUUACCUCGCUGACGUCUCUCACGGUUGAAGCACCUCAGCUGACGUCACUACCUCAAGGCAUGAGCCGCUUGUCUCGGCUGCGCAAACUGGAGCUGAUUCGCUGCACUGCCUUGCAGCACCUCCCGGAGUGUCUCACCCAGCUGCACCAGCUCAUACUGCGUGACACCUCCAUCACCUCCCUCCCUGCCAACCUGGUGCAGCUUACUAGGGAGCGUUGA